CCACAGCCUUAGUUGUCAACUCACUCUUUUAUCAUCUUGCUCCUCUUCAUAUGAUCAUUUCAUAUAAUACUUCUUUUUAUUUCCACAUUUUUCUUCCUUUCUUUUUUCUGUUACGUUCCUCGACAAAAAACACCGUCUUUUCCUUCUUUAUUUUGUCUUCUUAUUCCUCUAUCUCAUAACACACACACACACAAGAGAAGCAAGCCGAUAAAAAGAAGAAAAUCGCAUUAUAAUCAGUGUAAAAACACUACUAAUUUGCAGGACAGAGGUGGUGAUUUCAAGAAUCAGAAGUAAGAAUAAUGGACGGUGAAGAUAGGCCGAGGACAAUGUGGAGAAACUUGAAAGAACGGUUGGGAUUCACUGGGCUAGCCUGCUGUGGGUCCACUUGGAACCUGAGAAUAUCGGACAUGACGAUAAGAGAAGAAGAAGAAGCAGAGGAGGCCCAAAUACAGGCCCAAUUAUUUGGUGAAGAAGAGCCCAUGAUCGUGGCCCAUCAAGGGAGCGUGAACCUUGCUACAGCUCUGGCGGCAGAGCGUCGAUUCCGGAGCGUGGGUGCCACGGCGAAACUGAAGACGUUGAUGAGGUUGUUUGAGGAAACAGACGGAGGAGAUGAGAAGAGGAGUCUUAAGUUGUCCAGUAAAGAAGGAGGUGGAGUUGAUGAGAUGUGCUGCGUGUGCAUGGAGAGGAAUAAAGGCGCGGCGUUUAUUCCCUGCGGACAUACCUACUGUAGGGUUUGCUCCAGAGAGGUGUGGUUGAACAGAGGCUUGUGUCCGCUUUGUAACCGUUCCAUUAAUGAGAUUCUCAAUAUUUUCUGAGAUUUGUCUCUCAUUGUUUGUCAUUUUACUUCAAUUUCUAUAGGUUUUCAUUUUCAUCAUUUUGAUUUUGAUUUUCUUCUUGGUUGAUUCAAAGAGGAGUUAUGUCUUCACUCCUUUUCAUUGUUUAGGAAUUUUUGUGUAGGAAAAUUCUUACCGGAAACAAGUGAAGUGAAGAAAUGAAAAGAAUUUAAC